CAAGACGAAAGCUGCUUUUACUGGUGCCCCUGUGGGGUGUGUGGGCGUGAGCAGUUGUGGCCUUGUCCAACUAGGAUUCGCCCUCUUGUGUUCAUAGCCACAUCUCUGCCAGGCCUGAAGGAGGGGCUGCGACCUUGUCAGCGUGCAGAACAGCUGUCUCUGGGUUUGAGUUCUGAUGACCCUGUCCUCUGGUGGCUUGUGGUUUCAUCUCUGAGAUGGGCAGGACAGUCAGGUCUUUUGAGCUUUUGAGGACACAGCCCUCUGGCAGAAAUUUCUGGGCAGCCUGCCAGCAGAUGACUGGAACCAGCCUGUAGUCCUAGUGGCAACUGAGAGUGUAUCGGGCCACAGAGCCCCUCAGAUCUUACCACCAUGUCAGGAUCCACGCAGCCUGUGGCACAGACGUGGCGGGCUGCUGAGCCCCGCUAUCCGCCCCAUGGCAUCUCCUACCCCGUGCAAAUUGCCCGGCCACACACGGAUGUGGGGCUACUUGAGUACCAGCAUCACCCUCGAGACUAUGCCUCACAUCUGUCACCCAGCUCCAUCAUCCAGCCACAGAGGAGGCGACCCUCACUGCUGUCUGAGUUCCAGCCUGGGAAUGAAAGGACCCAGGAGCUCCAUCUGCGCCCCGAGUCCCGCACCUUCCUGCCUGAGCUGGGCAAGCCCGACAUAGAAUUCACAGAGAGCAAACGCCCACGCCUGGAGCUGCUGCCUGACACCCUGCUGCGCCCAUCGCCCCUGCUGGCCACGGGACAGCCUGGAGGGUCUGAAGACCUUACCAAGGACCGUAGCCUGGCAGGCAAGCUGGAGCCUGUGUCACCGCCCAGCCCACCACAUGCUGACCCUGAGCUGGAGCUGGCUCCGCCACGUCUUUCUAAGGAGGAGCUGAUCCAGAACAUGGACCGUGUGGACCGUGAGAUCACCAUGGUGGAACAGCAGAUCUCAAAGCUGAAGAAGAAGCAGCAACAGCUGGAGGAGGAGGCCGCCAAGCCGCCUGAGCCAGAGAAGCCCGUGUCACCGCCACCCAUCGAGUCCAAGCACCGCAGCCUGGUCCAGAUCAUCUACGACGAGAACCGGAAGAAGGCAGAAGCUGCGCAUCGGAUCCUGGAAGGUCUGGGGCCCCAGGUGGAGCUGCCGCUGUACAACCAGCCAUCUGACACACGCCAGUAUCAUGAGAACAUCAAAAUAAACCAGGCAAUGCGCAAGAAACUGAUCCUGUAUUUCAAAAGGAGGAACCACGCACGCAAGCAAUGGGAGCAGCGUUUCUGCCAGCGCUAUGACCAACUCAUGGAGGCAUGGGAGAAGAAGGUGGAGCGUAUUGAGAACAACCCGAGGCGUCGGGCCAAGGAGAGCAAGGUGCGGGAGUACUACGAGAAGCAGUUCCCUGAGAUCCGCAAGCAGCGCGAGCUGCAGGAGCGCAUGCAGAGCAGGGUGGGCCAGCGUGGCAGUGGACUGUCCAUGUCUGCUGCCCGCAGUGAGCACGAGGUAUCCGAGAUCAUCGAUGGCCUGUCUGAGCAGGAGAACCUGGAGAAGCAGAUGCGCCAACUGGCUGUGAUCCCGCCCAUGCUGUAUGAUGCAGACCAGCAGAGGAUCAAGUUCAUCAACAUGAAUGGGCUCAUGGAUGAUCCCAUGAAGGUGUACAAGGACCGCCAGGUUACCAACAUGUGGAGUGAGCAGGAGAAGGACACCUUCCGUGAGAAGUUUAUGCAGCACCCCAAGAACUUUGGCCUGAUUGCCUCAUUCCUGGAGAGGAAGACAGUGGCUGAGUGUGUCCUCUAUUACUACCUGACCAAGAAGAACGAGAACUAUAAGAGCCUGGUGAGGCGGAGCUACCGGCGCCGAGGCAAGAGUCAGCAACAGCAACAGCAGCAGCAGCAGCAACAGCAGCAGCAGCAGCAGCAACAGAUGGCACGGAGCAGCCAGGAGGACAAGGAGGAGAAGGAGAAGGAGAAGGAAGCCAAUGACAAGGAGGAAGAAAAGCCAGAUGCCGAUAACGACAAGGAGGAGCUCAAUAAGGAGAAGACCGAUGACACUUCUGGAGAGGACAACGAUGAGAAGGAGGCUGUGGCCUCCAAAGGUCGUAAAACUGCCAAUAGCCAAGGCCGCCGCAAAGGCCGCAUCACCCGCUCCAUGGCCAAUGAGGCCAAUCAUGAGGAGGCUGCCACCCCACAGCAGAGUGCUGAACUGGCCUCCAUGGAGAUGAAUGAGAGUUCCCGCUGGACUGAGGAGGAGAUGGAGACAGCCAAGAAAGGCCUCUUGGAACAUGGGCGGAACUGGUCAGCUAUUGCCCGUAUGGUGGGCUCCAAGACUGUAUCCCAGUGUAAGAAUUUCUACUUCAAUUACAAGAAGCGGCAGAACCUGGACGAGAUCCUACAGCAACAUAAGCUGAAGAUGGAGAAAGAGAGGAAUGCACGGAGGAAGAAGAAGAAGGUUCCUGCAGCAGCCAGUGAGGAGGCAACCUUCCCACCUGCUGCUGAAGACGAGGAGAUAGAGGCAUCGGGUGCCAGUGCCAAUGAGGAAGAGCUGGCCGAGGAGGCAGAAGCCUUGCAGGGUUCUGGGAAUGAGGUGCCCAGAGCAGAGUGCAGUGGCCCAGCUGCUGUCAACAACAGCUCAGAUACCGAAAGCGUCCCAUCUCCGAGAACGGAGACCAUCAAGGACACUGGGCAGACUGGACCUAAACCCGCAGGCCCUGAGGUGUUGCCCACCACUGCCGAGCCACCCAUCCCUCCAACCCCAGAAGAACCUGCAGCUCCCCCUGAGCCUGGCCUGGCCCCUGAGACUAGUGGCCCACCAUCCCCAGCUGCUCCCUCUUCACCUGCCACACCCCCAGCUGUGGUCCCCAAGGAGGAGCAAGAAGAUGAAGUGGCCACAGUUUCCCGGACAGAGGAUACAGAGGAGCAGAAACCCGUGGCUGAGGAGCUAGUAUUGGAUGUGGGGAAGACAGAGGAACCCAAGACCACCGAGGAGCAGGCAAGGAGUGUGAAGAGCGAGUAUAAGGAGGAGGCUGAGGAGGAGCCUACAGACAAGUCCAAGGGCACGGAAGCCAUUGAGACUGUGCCUGAGGUGCCACUCAAGGUGGAGAAGAAGGAAGGUGGGAGCAACAAGGUUCCUGUAGCCAAGGGCUCAGGCUCAGGCUCGGGUGCCCCCCAGGACAGUGACUCCAGCGCCACCUGCAGCGCUGAUGAGGUGGACGAACCAGAGGGAGGCGACAAGGGCAGGCUGCUGUCACCAAGGCCCAGCCUCCUCACCCCAGCCGGCGAUCCCCGGGCCAGUGCCUCACCCCAGAAGCCACUAGACCUGAAGCAACUGAAGCAACGAGCGGCCGCCAUUCCACCCAUCGUCACCAAGAUCCAUGAACCCCCCGGAGAGGACACAGUGCCCUUGAAACCAGCUCCUCUUGCACCGCCACCCACGCAGCACCUGCAGCCAGAGGGUGACGUGCCUCAGCAGCCCGCCGGCAGCCCACGGGGCAAGAGUAGGAGCCCAGUGCCUCCUCCUGAGAAAGAGGCAGAGAAGCCUUCGUUUUUCCCAGCCUUCUCAACUGAGGGCCCGAAGCUGCCCACUGAACCCCAACGCUGGACAUCAGGCCUGCCCUUCCCCAUCCCUACUCGUGAGGUGAUCAAGGCCUCUCCACAUGCCCCGGACCCCUCCGCCUUCUCCUACACACCCCCUGGUCACCCACUGCCUCUGGGUCUCCACGACAGUGCCAGGCCUGUCCUGCCACGCCCCCCCAUCUCCAACCCACCACCCCUCAUCUCCUCUGCCAAGCACCCUGGUGUACUGGAGAGGCAGCUGGGUGCCAUCUCCCAGGGAAUGUCAGUACAGCUGCGUGUCCCACACUCAGAGCAUGCCAAGGCCCCCACAGGCCCUCUCACCAUGGGGCUGCCUCUUGCUGUGGACCCUAAGAAGCUGGCACCCUUCGGUGGAGUGAAGCAGGAGCAGUUGUCCCCACGGGGUCAGGCUGGGCCACCUGAGAGUCUGGGAAUGCCCACUGCCCAGGAGACAUCUGUGCUGAGAGGGACGGCGCUGGGCUCCACCACCAGCGGGAGCAUCACAAAGGGUCUCCCCAGCGCCCGUACUGCAGACGGCCCCAGCUACCGUGGCUCCAUCACACACGGCACGCCAGCUGACGUCCUCUACAAAGGCACCAUCAGCAGGAUUGUCGGUGAGGACAGCCCAAGUCGCCUGGACCGGGCCCGGGAAGACACCCUGCCUAAGGGCCAUGUCAUCUAUGAGGGCAAGAAAGGCCACGUCUUGUCCUACGAAGGUGGUAUGUCUGUGUCCCAGUGCUCCAAGGAGGAUGGCAGGAGCAGCUCUGGCCCACCCCAUGAGACAGCUGCCCCCAAACGCACCUAUGACAUGAUGGAGGGUCGCGUGAGCAGGGCCAUCACCUCAGCCAGCAUCGAGGGGCUCAUGGGCCGGGCCAUCCCCGAACAGCACAGCCCCCACCUCAAGGAGCAACACCACAUCCGCGGCUCCAUCACUCAAGGGAUCCCACGGUCAUAUGUGGAAGCCCAGGAGGACUAUUUACGGCGGGAGGCCAAGCUCCUGAAGCGAGAGGGCACACCACCACCACCACCACCCCCAAGGGACUUGACUGAGACCUACAAGACCCGGCCCUUGGACCCCCUGGGUCCCCUGAAGCUGAAGCCAGCCCAUGAGGGCGUGGUAGCAACUGUGAAAGAGGCAGGUCGUUCAAUCCAUGAGAUCCCGCGGGAGGAGCUGCGCCACACACCUGAGCUGCCCCUAGCCCCACGGCCCCUCAAGGAGGGUUCCAUCACUCAGGGCACUCCACUCAAGUAUGAUUCCGGAGCACCCUCCACUGGCACCAAGAAGCAUGAUGUGCGCUCCAUCAUCGGCAGCCCAGGCCGGCCCUUCCCGGCUAUGCACCCACUGGAUGUGAUGGCUGAUGCCAGGGCACUGGAGCGUGCCUGCUAUGAGGAGAGUCUAAAGGGCCGACCAGGGACCACCAGUGGUGCAGGGGGCUCUAUCACACGAGGGGCCCCAGUUGUCGUGCCCGAACUGGGCAAGCCGCGACAGAGCCCACUGACAUACGAGGACCAUGGGGCACCCUUCACCAGCCACCUGCCACGAGGCUCACCUGUGACUACGCGGGAGCCCACACCCCGCCUGCAGGAGGGCAGCCUCCUGUCCAGUAAGGCAUCCCAGGACCGAAAGCUGACGUCGACACCCCGAGAGAUCGUCAAGUCUCCGCAUAGCACCGUGCCCGAGCACCACCCCCAUCCUAUCUCCCCCUAUGAGCACCUGCUCCGGGGUGUGAGUGGCAUGGAUCUUUACCGUGGUGGCCACAUCCCACUGGCCUUCGACCCCACCUCCAUACCCCGAGGAAUCCCUCUAGAUGCAGCAGCUGCCGCAUACUACCUGCCCCGACACCUGGCCCCCAACCCCACUUACCCACACCUGUAUCCACCAUACCUCAUCCGUGGCUACCCUGAUACCGCCGCCCUGGAGAACCGCCAGACCAUCAUCAAUGACUACAUCACCUCGCAGCAGAUGCACCACAACGCUGCCUCCGCCAUGGCCCAGCGAGCUGACAUGCUGAGGGGCCUGUCACCACGAGAGUCCUCACUGGCCCUCAACUAUGCCACUGGCCCAAGAGGUAUCAUUGACCUGUCUCAAGUGCCACACCUGCCUGUGCUGGUGCCCCCAACACCAGGCACCCCUGCCACCGCCAUGGACCGCCUUGCCUACCUCCCUGCGGCACCCCCGCCCUUCAGCAGCCGCCACAGCAGCUCACCACUGUCCCCAGGAGGCCCCACUCACCUGGCUAAACCGACUGCCACGUCCUCAUCGGAGCGAGAGAGGGAACGUGAGCGGGAUCGAGACAAGUCCAUCCUCACAUCCACCACAACAGUAGAACAUGCACCCAUCUGGAGACCUGGUACGGAGCAGAGCAGCGGGGCCGGGGGCAGCAGCCGUCCUGCCUCACACACCCACCAGCAUUCGCCCAUCUCCCCCCGGACCCAGGACGCUCUGCAGCAGAGACCCAGCGUGCUGCACAACACUAGCAUGAAGGGCGUUGUCACCUCCGUGGAACCCGGCACGCCCACGGUCCUGAGGUCCACCUCCACCUCUUCACCUGUCCGCCCAGCUGCCACAUUCCCACCUGCCACCCACUGCCCGCUUGGUGGCACCCUUGAAGGGGUCUACCCUACCCUGAUGGAGCCGGUCCUACUACCCAAGGAGGCCUCUCGGGUUACCCGGCCUGAAAGGCCUCGCGCAGACACUGGCCACACCUUCCUUACCAAGCCCCCAGCCCGGGAGCCUACCUCCUCACCCAGCAAGAGCUCUGAGCCCCGGCCCCUAGCAACCCCCAGCUCCAGCCACUCGGCCAUCACCCGCACCCCAGCGAAGAGCCUCGCACCCCACCACGCCAGCCCGGAUCCACCGACGCCUGCCUCGGCCUCAGAUCUGCACAGAGAAAAGACUCAAAGUAAACCCUUUUCCAUCCAGGAAUUGGAACUCCGUUCUCUGGGUUACCAUGGUGGAGCUGCCUAUAGCCCUGAUGGGGUGGAGCCCAUCAGCCCUGUGAGCUCACCCAACCUGACCCAUGACAAGGGGCUCUCCAAACCUCUGGAGGAGCUAGAGAAGAGCCAUCUGGAGGGAGAGCUGCGGCACAAGCAGUCAGGCUCUAUGAAGCUCGUUGGGGAGGCUGCCCACCUUUCACACCUGCGACCACUGCCUGAGAGCCAGCCGUCAUCCAGCCCACUGCUCCAGACUGCCCCAGGCAUCAAAGGUCACCAGCGGGUGGUCACCUUAGCUCAGCAUAUCAGUGAGGUUAUCACACAGGACUACACGCGCCACCACCCACAGCAGCUCAGCGGCCCCCUGCCCGCCCCUCUCUACUCCUUCCCUGGAGCCAGCUGCCCAGUCCUGGAUCUCCGUCGUCCACCCAGUGACCUCUACCUCCCACCCCCUGACCAUGGUGCCCCCGCCCGGGGCUCCCCCCACAGCGAGGGGGGCAAGAGGUCCCCAGAGCCCAGCAAAACAUCGGUCCUAGGCGGCAGUGAGGAUGGUAUUGAACCUGUGUCCCCACCAGAGGGCAUGGUCGAGCCAGGACACCCCCGGAGUGCCAUGUACCCACUGCUGUACCGGGAAGGGGAACAGGGGGAGCCCAGAAUGGGCUCCAAGUCUCCAGGCAACACCAGCCAGCCACCAGCUUUCUUCAGCAAGCUGACUGAGAGCAAUUCUGCCAUGGUCAAGUCUAAGAAGCAGGAGAUUAAUAAGAAGCUCAACACCCACAACCGGAAUGAGCCAGAAUAUAAUAUUGGCCAGCCUGGGACGGAAAUCUUCAACAUGCCUGCCAUCACCGGAGCAGGCCUUAUGACCUGUAGAAGCCAGGCGGUGCAAGAACACGCCAGCACCAACAUGGGGCUAGAGGCCAUUAUUAGAAAGGCACUCAUGGGUAAAUAUGAUCAGUGGGAAGAGCCCCCGCCACUCGGCACCAAUGCUUUUAACCCUCUGAAUGCCAGUGCCAGCCUGCCCGCUGCCGCUAUGCCCAUAACCGCUGCUGACGGACGGAGUGACCACGCGCUCACCUCGCCAGGUGGUAGUGGGAAAGCCAAGGUUUCUGGCAGACCCAACAGCCGAAAAGCCAAGUCCCCAGCCCCAGGCCUAGCUUCGGGAGACCGGCCACCAUCUGUCUCCUCUGUACACUCAGAGGGGGACUGCAACCGGCGGACGCCACUCACCAACCGCGUGUGGGAGGACCGGCCCUCAUCUGCAGGGUCCACGCCAUUCCCCUACAACCCCCUGAUCAUGCGGCUGCAGGCAGGUGUCAUGGCUUCCCCACCUCCACCUGGUCUUGCGGCAGGCAGUGGACCCAUGGCUGGUCCCCAUCAUGCCUGGGAUGAGGAGCCUAAGCCACUGCUGUGUUCACAGUAUGAGACACUCUCCGACAGCGAGUGACUCCAAAUAGGAGGAAGCAGUGCCAGGUCCCUGCACGAGGCAGAAGCAGCUCGGCACAGAGCAGGCAGCUGCCGACUCCCCGCACCGAGGAAGGAGCCCCUGAGUCUGCCUGCGCAUCCAUCUGUCCGUCCAUCCGUCUGUCCAUCCUGAGCUGGCAUCCUGCCUGUCAAAAGCCUUAACUAAGACUCCCGCCCCGGGCUGGCCCUGUGCAGUGACCUUUCUCAGGGGAUGUUUACCUGGUGCUGGGGAAGGAAAGGGGGCGGGAGGCGGGGAGAGGAGGGCAGCAGGCCGGGAGGAGGGCACAGUGGGUAUGUGGCAGCUGCACGCACAUGGCUGGGGCAGCAGGGACCUAAAGUAGGAGACCAGGCACCUCUGCACACUGCCUCACCCCUAAUGCAUUUGGAACCAAAGUCUAGGCUGAACUCACAGCCCUGCCCCUCCCUCUGCCUCCUAGCCUGCUCGUGCUCUGGACAGAUGAUCCCAUCCCGUCCUGACUCAAUGCUGUCAUCACAGUCCCCACAGGCCACCUAGCCUGCGAGACUGGGAGCCCAUCAGAACAGGUGGGCGCAUAAGGCCAGGCAUAGCCUGGGGCAUGAAUGGUCCAAGGAACUGGACUGUUUCCCACGUUGCCGUGGCGAGGGAAGGCAGGUGUAAAUGUAUUGGUUUACAGGGUAUAUUUUUGAUACCUUCAAUGAGUUAAUUCAGAUGUUUCCCGCAAGAAGGACUUACCCAGUAUUACUGCUGCUGUGCUUCUGACCUCUGCUUACUGUUCCAGAGGUGUGUGCCGGCCAAGUCGGUGACCCCAUCAUACGCAGGACUGAGGAGCGGGGCACCAGCACAUGGCCCCUGCUUCCUUCUCCCUCCCUUCCUUGGGCAGAGUGAACUUGAUGCGUAUUCUGUGGCCGCCAUCUGCGCAUGGCGGCAUUCUGUCAUUUACACAAGUUGUUCCAAUUAAAAAGCGAAUUAUACUCAA